AUGCGUCGCUUCGUAACAACAACGGCUGUUUUUCUCUUGCUUUGCAACACGCUUAUCUACUACAACACUAAUGUUGAAGAAGCGAAAAUAAUGGAUAGUCACAAUACAGAAGAGAAAUCAAAUGACACACAAUCGGCUUCCAUCGAAGCUAUAGUUUACGAAACAGAAGAAGAACAGAUAAACCGUAAAUACUGCGGUUCUCCUGUUUGCAAGUUUUUCUUCCCAUUCACUGUAGGAGAGCAAGAAUCCAGAGCAAGACUGCAGGUGCCAGGCAUAAUUAGCAUGGCACAACAAACUAAUCGAGUAUUAGUUUUACCAAACGUUGGAGAUGCAAGACUAGGUGCAUGCAAGCCUUUUACAUUUGAUUAUUACUAUUCUAUCGAAUCAAUGCGGCAGUCUUCUCCAAACACUAUAUUUAUUACACAAGAUCAAUUUUUGCGGUGGAACCAAGAAAUGAAGGCAAUCAAAGCUAACAAGUUUACAGCAAAGAUUAUCAGAUUAAGCGAUAAGGCGCAGAAAGAGCACGUUGGACUCGAUAUUAAACUCAAUAUUGAACAAUAUAGACAUAAGCAAUGUUUAAUGCCAUUUGAUCACUUGGAAUAUGAGAACACAGCACUAGACAUACAUAUCAGAAAGACAGGCAAGCAUCAAGCUGCAAUCACACAAUUUGUCUUCAAUACUCUUCGAUCCGUUCAAUCAGACGUCAUGCUCAUGCAUUAUAGGGUUUACCGGUUCAAUUGUAAACAUCCGCCUGCUCCGCUUACAUAUGCUGAACGGUUGAAGAAACAUGCAAAAGUUGCAGCAACUUUGCUUUAUCCUUACGUUGCAGUUCAUUGGCGAAUGGAGACGGCGGCGCCAAGUAAGCUGUUAAAAUGCAGUCAAAAUCUUGUAGCCUAUAUCAAUCAUAUAAAGAAAAAGACGGGUAUUGUCAAUGUUUACGUUGCUACUGAUUAUCCGAUUGACGGCGGUCGCCAGCAUUCAGGAACUUUUCGUAAAAUUACCAGAGAUCAUCAUAGAGCUGCAAACGUACUUAAGAGCAAUAUCGACUUUUCUACUUUGGAGCGCAUUAAUUCUUCCCUUCCUCUUCUCAACAACACGGAAUUUUUAUCGUUAUCAAAUAAUGCUAUUAGGCAUAGUGAAUCAGGAAUACCAGGAAUUCUGGAUAAGUUAAUACUGAUGUAUUCUAAUUGGUUUGUCAGUGGUCCAGAAAAGUGUUGUAGAAUAAGCAGUUCUUAUACAGCACAGGUGUUGAAAGAAAGAGCUGCAAUUAUAGAUAAUCAGAAGGAAUUUGAAGAGGAAACUGUAAACAGCGUCUUGUUAAAUGUGGGGGAUAGAUGGGAGCGACCAAAAUGGCCAUGA